CACAACAAAAUGCAUUCACGGACCGUUUCCACGAGGAGUUCCCCAGCAAGCGACGCUUCCAGAGCUCGUCUAUCAUGUGAGCCUUGUAGGGCAAGAAAAAUCCGCUGCACCGGCGAGCAUCCCGUCUGCUCCAAGUGCUUCUCCAAGAGCCGCGAGUGCUCGUAUUCCAUCCAGAAGGCAGCAGGAAGACCCAGAACCCGACAGCAGUCGGCGCUUCGCCGAGAUGGAAGGUCUCGCCGACGUCGUGCGAUCGAACUGGCCCCGUCUCCGGAAUCGUUACUGGAUCUGAGCCAAGACAUCAGUGAGCCGGUGUCAGAACCUCCGAGUAGCGCUCAUGAGACCCCAGGCAGUCAGGAUAACGGAUCGGAAAACUUGUCGGCGGUGUCGACCGCUCACCAUGGUGUUCCGCCAUUUCUAGCUGACUUUGAGAACUACAUGCAUGCUCAGCCACAAGAAUGUUCCGGAUCGAUGCCUACGCUACCACUCGGCACGCUCAAUCACUCGGAGUGUAUCCAGCCCUGCGCAUGCCUGUCCAUCCUCUACCUCCUCCUUAAUCGACUAGGAUCCGACGCCGAGCUGGUCGUACCAAAUGAUCUAGCCUUCUUUCGUAAUACGGUAGAAACGGCGAUGGAUGUGCUCGACUGCGCGAAAUGUCCCCUCCGAUUCUCCUCUGUUCUCCAAAACGCAACCAUCCUCGGCAUACUCUGUGUCUGCAUUGCUGAAUCAUACGUCAGGUUCGUCAGAACCAUCGAUUCAAAGGCUCAGGCAGCCAUAGAAAAAGGAGAAUCUCUGCUGGUCAGUCUUGGUAACUUCGAGGGCCCCCUUUCCUACUUGGAUCAGUCCAAGGUUGGAACAAACCCAGCCGCCAUCCUCGUCGAGGUGUCGCCCGAUCAGUGGAAGAGUCUAAUGCACAACGCGGUCAAAGCCGAGAUAUGUGGUGUCGAAGGCCAUCGCGAAAAGUGCUUCAUGCAUUUCAUCAAGCGACUGGAGGAACGACAGACGGACUGGCAUCGACGACCACUAGCCCCGGACUGCCCACCCACCUACCAGUCAGCCUGUACGUCUGUGGAUGAAAUACCGCUCUGUCUGACAAUCAUCAAGGCUGCAAGGAAAGUUCUUGACCAGAUCGAGCAUAUCUUGCAGUGA